AUGGAUAAAAAUUCAUUCGCCUCAUUCGAUUCAUCUGCUCCACACGCUUCACCUGAUCCUAUAUCUCAAGUAUACGAUACCACAAGUGGUGCAUCGGCCAAAUUCGAUCGAGCUGAAGAAGAAGUGAAGCAUCAACUAGACUUGGUCGAGACUGAAGAAAAGCAACCUCACCAGGAAAGAAGCAUCAACUGGACUGAACGAAACGAGGAGCAUCAGGAAAGCAGGUGCGACUUCACGAAAACUAACUCCUUUCAAUAG